AUGGAUCUCGCAUACGAUCACAUCGCGGAAGAGUCCCUUAAAAGGGACAACCAAGCGGCCAACGACAAGAACGACAAUAGAGAGUCCUCCGAGACGAAAGCCGAACCACAGUCGACGCUGAAUGACGACAUCCAAGCAGCAUACAGCGCAUUCUCGAGCAGCACCUGGGGCAGCUGGCUCGGCGGAACCGUGGGCAAAGUAGUCAAGCAGGGCGAGUCCGUCUACCGCGAAGCCAGCCAAGAAGUAACCUCCCUAGGCGUCGAUGCGUCGCGGGGUCUCGCAAGCCUACGCGCGCGCGCCAUCUCCAUGACCGUGGCACCGACGGCCGAGUCCAGUGCCUCGCAGACAAGCGUCAGCCAGGAUAAGGACAAAGAAGCUGGGUCUACAACACCGACGACGGCCAAGGCGACGACCUCGUCCCCCUCCUCCUCGGACGAUGCGCUGCAGGAGUCCGAGACGACGUUCUCGCGCCUGCGGGCCGAGGCGGCCAAGCGGCUGAAGGACAUCCAGCGCGCCGAGGACGCGGCCGACGAGGCGCUGCUGAAGUUCGGCGGCAACGUGCGGGACUUCUUCCGCGACGCCAUCACGGUGAAGCCGAGCGCUGAGUCGGGCGACGGCGCGGACGGCCGGUUCGAGAGCAAGGACGAGGCCGGCAAGCGGGUCAUACACACGUCGCGGUACGACGCGCAGCUGCACGUCCUGCACACGACCGAGAAGAGCUUCACCGAGGACCCCGCCACGGGCGAGUUCGUCGCGUGGGCCGAGGGCUUCGAUGCCGAGGCCAAGACGGAGAGCAUCAGCGCCGACCUGGCCAAGUACCCCGAGCUGAGGGCUAAUAUGGAGAAGCUCGUCCCGGACAAGGUGCCGUACGCCGAUUUCUGGAAGCGGUACUACUUCCUGCGACACAGCAUAGACUCGGCCGAUGCCCGUCGCCGGGAUCUCAUGAAGGCCGCAUCGGCAGAGGAAGAGAUUGGGUGGGGCGAGGAGUCGGAUGACGAGGCCGCGCCCAGCAAAACAGUAGAGAAGCUGCUCCCCCUGAGACCCGGCUCAACCGAGUCCUCGACUACCAUCCACCCGCCCGUCGACAAGAGCCGCCUAAAGCCGUCCGAGCCCCGCAAGUCCAACGACGAGAAGUCCCAGGCCGACAGCGAUACAAGCUAUGACGUUGUGGGUGCCGCGUCCGGAAACCCGAGCCAGGCACCGAGCAGUCCCAAGGAGGCCCGGAAGGUGGAGGAUAGCGAUGACGAGGAGUGGGAAUAA